CCCAAAAUUAACCUACAAAAUGCAUUGACCCCUGAAGCGUGGGAAGAAGCUAAAACACAACUUGUACGUUAUGUUAAAGAGUACCUCUCUGAGAAAGAAGAUGAUAAAGAUCUGGAGAAUCAAAGCAGCUUACAGAAACAACUGGAAUUUCAGGAGUUGUACGAGUUGGCGCAGAGAAAGUUUUUACGACAAGUUUCCUUGUACUCUGAUGGCACCUAUCCAAGGCUUUUUGCCCUAGAUUAUUAUAAUAAAACACCAGACAAACCUGAAAGUGAUUGUGAUCCAGGAGUCGAUAACCAUGAGGAUAGAAAAGAUGUUUCUUUAGGAAAGGCUGAUAAGAGUGAAGAUGUGGAAAAUGCAGACAAAUGUAAAGAAGGGGAUGAUGGGGAUGCAAAGAAAGAGAGUUGAAAACGAGUGCUGAUGAGAAUGGGGAUCAUGCAAAGGUAGAUGAGCCAAAAGAUGAUGAAAAUAAAUUAGAGCAGGGAAAUGACAAAGAAAAAUGUAAUGCAGAAAAGUCUCAAGAUGAUGGAAAAGCAGAAGAUAAGUCUGAUUUACAUGAUGGAGGAGAUUGUAAAGAUGAAGAGUUGAAGGAGGAUCUAAGUGGAUCUAAGGAGAAAUUGCCUAAUAACACACAGGAGGAAGCCGAAUGUGAUGAACUACAUGAGGAUGAUGAUGUAACGGGUUAUGGCGAAAAAAUGUGGAGACAAAAGAAGAAUGUAAAUUAUGUGCCUAUCUGAUAUGUGAGCAUGAUGAGGGCUGGCAUAUCCUGCCUUCCAAAUUGAUUCCAUUGACUGUGUCUGAUGGUGAUUCUUACUUGGCUUCCAUGGCAGCAUACUUGGCUAGGAUGUACGCUGUUAUAAGGCAUGGUAACAUAACACUUGAUGUGUUAGACGAUGAACCAAUGAUGAAACUCAUGCAAGAGAAAGCUGCUGGAACUGGUGAUUUCUCCAACCCUUACCAAGAGUUGAGAAGAUUCAUAAUGGAAUGCGAUGUGAAUCAGUCCAUGGGAGGACUACAAAGGUGUCAUCUAGCAAGUGGGAGAAUAUCCUGGUUAUGCAAGGAACAUCAGAACAAAGAGGCUCGUAUCACCGUACUUGCGAGUGAAGGUGGCACUGGUGUAGUAGAAGAGGAAGAUCUGGGACUAGCUGAGCAUUUGCAUGGAUUUUUCUUUGAAAACGCAGAACAGGGAAAAUCUGGGCAACAGAUUGAUGAGGCAAAAAGUCAAGUGGAACCACCUUCAUCCUCUCCACAAAACCCAGCUGAUAAAGUCAAGGAGACACAAAGUUCAUCACAACAAGAGACAAAACAAAAGCAAGCUGAUGAGAAACAUGUUAGUUUUAAAUCAGCGGGAAUAGCAGCAGGUGCAGCAGGAGCAGCAAACAACAACAAAUCCAGUGAUCCAAACAACCCAAGCAAGUCUUGUAUUAUAUUGUAACCGGGUGUAUAAUACUAUGAAAUUUCAAGAAAAAGACUUGUGUCAAAAAUAAGGGGAUUUUUUGACAGGAUUUCACACAGAGCAAGAUUAGGACACUCUGAAUCACACGACAAU